UGUGUGUUACAGGAGGGGCGGUGGGCAGCACUCGCCUUUCCCACCGCCAGUGCACAGGUGCAGCAGGGGGGCCGCAGGCCAUCCAGAGACUGUAUUUCAUAAGGGUUACUCGUUGCUAGACAGCCACUUCGCAUGAAGCGUUCCCAGUUCCCCUGGCACUUCCUUUCUGGUAGCAAAAUCAUUUCUGCUUUUGCUUGUGUAAAGUUGAACCCUCCUUCAGAGACGAUAUUUGUAUCUCGUCUGUACUCCCUUUGGGAGAGUGGACCCAAAGCCAUGAGUUACUACAGGAAUCCAUCAGGAAAGGGCAAAACUCAGUGGCUUUUCCUGGCACAGGCUCUCUUGUGUAGCCCCAACCCAAAAUAUCCCCAGUGAGGGGUAAGGUGCUGGGAGCCAGAGCCUGGUCCCCACCCUCCUCUCGCCCUCAGCACUACAGCUGGGGGAUUUUGGGGAAUGUUUGAUCAGCAAAUACCCUAGGUACUGUAAUAAAAUGUGAAGGACCCUUAUAAUCUUAGCAUUACUGAGGCUGGAAGGGAUAAAUCCUUUGGAGGUAAUUUGGUCCAUUCCUCUGCUUAAAGCCAGCCUAAAUUAAAUUUUAGAUCAGAUUGCUCAGGGCCUUGUAAAGCUUUUUAGAAGAUGUGCACAAAGAUACACAGCUACUUCUGGAACACCACGGCCAGUUUAUUCGCUCCGACACACCUUACUCUCCAUUUGUGUUGUGAAAUCAGGUUGCAGCAUGUGGCCAGCGUAGCACAAGGGAUUCAUGCAGCUACUGUUUUUGUUGAACCGAAAUUAAUUCAAAAAUGGAUUUCUACUUGCUGAAGCACUCUCUUUCUUUUUUUCUUUAAUUCUGUGGAAUUUUAACUCCAUUACAAAGAAAUAGCGUUCUCCCUCUUUUGUAUUGGUGGGAGCUAAAUGCAAAUACCUUCACUUUUCCUUUCUAAGUAAGUAAUGUUUUGAUGAUUGUUCCCUACAUUUAUUUUAAAACUGUUACUAGAACUAGUAACACCUAGUAGCAUGUAAAGCCUCAUUUCAUUAAACUGAGAUGAAAACGUAGGCUUCAGAUCAUUGCUUUAUGUAAGGCAGGCAGCUGGAACCAACGCGUUACUAAGUGGCUGGUCUUCCCAUUGCUGCUGUUUCGUGACUGAGGUUUCACAAGGUGCCAAUUGCCCCAUGCAUAAUGAUGCGGCUGAACAAUAUAUUGUGCCAUAUAAAGGCUGACAAAAGUGAGGUUUUUUGUUCCUCAUUCCUUUGGUAUUUCAGAAUUUCAUGUUAUUUCUCAAUCUUUAUAAAUUAUUCAGAUGAAAAGUAGGGCAUGACUGACAAUGUGUUAAUUCUGGUGACUAAACUGGAGGUGGUAGGAGUCUAGCUAAAAAGCGGUAGAAGAAAAGAGGCAAUUUUGAUAAAUUAUCUUAACUAUUCUCUUUAGCAUCAUGUCUGAUGAAAUGGGAGUUGAACUUUGUAAAGUAUUUGUUGCUUUUCUAGCUAUAGAGCAUACCAACAUUUCCCAAAUCCUAGAUUGCACAGUGGCGUUUAUGUGUGGUUAUAGGGAGAAAAAUGAUUCUGGGCUACUGUAAAGCCUUUCUUUUAAACAAAUUGUAGGAUUUGGAUAUGGCCAUAUGAUACUCUCUCUUUACUAAAGGGUUCAGCUGUAAUUCUCAGUAUUUCACUGAAGUUCAGGUAGCUGGAACACCUCACAGUAUAAACUGAUCUUUUGCUAGUUUAAAUAACGUUUUUGUUGUUAAUCUUUAACUUGUGCUAUCCCUACAAACAUAUUUAAACAUUGUCUAUAUUUUAAUAUGGUCAUAUAUUAAACUUGUCACUCUAUAUUAGCAACUGUGAGAAGGAGGUUUAUGUAGUUUGAAUGUGUUUCAGAUUUUUAAAUUAGAUGCAUAAUUCUAAAUUAUUUCCUAUUACUUUUUUUUUUAACUUGUAUUCAUAUGGGGGCCAGAAUCUAAUUAAAGUACGUAAAACGGGGUGGUGUUUUUGAUAGUAAAGUUCAUAAAGUUGAAGGAAAAAUACAUUAAAAAAGGAACCCUUGGAGACCAAUUUAUUAAAGAAAGAGGAUGUUGCGUAGGAGCUGGGAAGUGGGCUAGAUGCCAUUUCAGCCCCGAACAAGUAACCGUCCACCCGUGACAUCUGCUUUUACUCUGGGAGUGAAAAGUAGGAAGGAACAGCUUUCAGUUUCGAUUUCAGUCCCAGCUUUGCAUGGCCAUCUUCACUGAACUGAACUAGUUGGAAGAACCGUAACAGACAAAAUGUAUUACUAGUUUAACUUGAACUGCAUUCUUUUUAAAGAAUAACUAGGUUUAUUGCUUAUUUUAAAGCUUUUGAUAAAAAGGAGCUCCUAUGCCAUUCUUUUUUGUACUUCCACUUACGUCUCUCUGGCUAUUUUGGAGCUCUGUCUUUAAUAGAAGUUGCUGCCGUUGUCUUGCUUCUCUAGUUACCCCAGAGACUGAAAGGGGUAUCUCUCAAGGUUGAUGCUGGCAUCAGUAAAUGUUCUUUCUGCUUUUUUUUUUUUUUUUUUUUUAACUCCUUUUGGCAAUCCUGGAGGAAUAGAAAGGAAAAGACAAGCAGUUGGCCCUUUCACUCAUGAUACUCUGCUGUGGAAGCCCACUCGCCUGUGCAGGCCCACCCUUUAUUACUGUGUGGAGACAAAAAUUGGAUACAUGAUAUUUAGUAGUACCGCUUCAGAAGCGGAAUAGCAUAAAGAACCCGUGGCAUGGCAUCAUGGCUGCUCCAGGGUUUACCCAAGCAGGUUUUGUAGUCAACAUCAAUACGCUAAGCCAGUUGCUCUGAAAUUACUGCAGUAAUGUGUUCACAUGAAUUGCAUGAUGUUUCUGAAUGGCUGCCCAAUGGAGUCCUGCACUGCAGUGAAAUAACUGCACAUCUCGAUGCUUUCCUCUGAGCUGAGGAGGAUUUAGGAUGCUCAAAGAAUGAAUGCAGGCAUAGAUAAUUCAGAUUUAUGUUGUGGCGGAGACAUAGCCUAGAAGGAAGCUGAGAUAUUUAAAGUUAUUUUAACUUGUAUUUGUAAUUUGGCUUUCCCAUACAGUUUAGACAGGUAAGUAUCUUUUAUCAGUAAUAAAUAGAGAACUCUGAAUAACUCUUGUGUGAAAUUAUAUAUUAAAACCCCAUGAAAUAAAAAUGUUGUUUUGCAGAACAAUUGUAAACAGAUCCACGGCAAUGCAAGGUGAGUAAAAUAUUGACAAAAUGUCAUCUUUUGUUAAUAUCCUUCCAAGGUGUUCAAGCAAUAUUAGCUUAGCUAUUCAUUUACCUUCUAAUUUUAUUAAAUAUACAUGAAUGCUUUAAAUUGAAAUUUACACUGUAAAAUUGAAUCAUUUAUGGAACAUACAGCUUACGUUUUCAGAUCUUGAUUUCUUAUGUUAAAUAAAAUAAAUAAUUUUGAAAUCUAAGUUAUUUCUGCUUACAAACUGAACUUGGUAAAUGUUUUUAAAUCCAUAACCCUCUGAGUUUGCUGGUGAGGCAUUAGUAUAGCCCUAACUUGAAGAAAUUGGGAGAAAAUGUUUUUUUCUAAUGGAAAAUGGCUCAUUACCAGCCUGUUCUGUACAGGGGGGGCAGCCUUGUCAGUUCCCUGGCAAUACUUUGAAUUAAAGCCUCCUUCUAAAUAUAAAUGAACAAAGGCACCUCUGGUCCAGACAGACCAGUGAACUGACCCUGCUUGAGCAGGGGUGGCACUAGGUGAUCUCAAGAGGUCCCUUCCGAGCUAAAUGAUUCUGUGACAUCUUCAUGACAUCAUGUGCAAUACCGGCCUUUUUUCUGCCCUUUAAGGAUCAGAACUCCUUUAAGUUACUCUGAUGUUUAAUGUAUGUAUUGUGCAUAAAUAUGAGCUCGUUGAACAGUUUUUGCUAUACAGAAAACAGCUGCUUAAUUUUGUUAUGUGUCUACUCUGAAAAAGGAGGCAAUGUUGGGGAUCUUUCACCCUAGGGUAGGAGGGACCGAGCAAUAUUCAAACAGAGUGUAUAUUCUAUUCUUCCAGCACAUAACCCUGCACCAGCACUUGGAUUUUCAAACGCUAACUAUGCGCCAGGAAAUCCAGUUCCCUAUGGGUACCCUCAGCAGGCACCUGGGGCUUACCAAGGUAGGUUGCUUGGCUACGCGCCUGCUAUACCGUUUGGAAAUAAGCACAAGAAAUAGGAGGUUUCACAAGGGUGGCCAUCUCUCAUUUACUUUUCUGCUGUUAAUUCUGUAGAGUUUCUGUUAAUUUUUCUCUUGCUGAAAAGUCAUCUUAGGUGCUGAGCAGUACCAGCAGUGGUGGGAGUUAAACACGUCGGCUGUUCCUCAGUGGUCACUGUGGGGAGUUUGUUAGGAAGGUGUUAUUGAUGCAAAGCGAUUAAUGUGUGGUAGCUUCUUGCUGGUGAUCAGAUUUCUUAAUUAACAUGUUAUUUCAGUAUUUCUCUUUAUUUUUCUCUAGAAAUCCAGAACUGAAGAAAAAAUUGUUUUCCUCUUGCAGUUCUGUUGGUCCAUGUAUUCUCUGCCUGUUUCCUACUCUGUUGCUGUACUUCGCAACCUUAUGGUUUCACUUGUUUGCUUUUCUCCUCUUCUAUGUCAUUUUCUGCUCUGUGUUCAAAAUACAGCACUCCUAAAUAGCUUCUCAUGUUCUGGCAACUAAUUUCUUUCUGAAGAACCAAAUCACAAUCAGGCUCAAAGAGUAAGUUGCAUAAAGUGCAUUGCGGCAAGGCAAUCUGAGGUCUGUGAGUAUGGUUCGCUUCAGCACGGAAUGAGCACGUGCUGCCUGUGCGAUGAAGGUCAGGGGAGCAUUUUUUGUUUUGAAUAAUUGUAUGUGCGCACACUUACACACCAUAGCAGCAGACAGGCAGUUUGUGUGCAAAGCCUGUGCUCAGAUAUAAAAGAGAUUUUGUAUUCUGUAAGGGUGGAUCCUUGUCUAGAAUAAGUGAUCCUGCCACCUAUGGCUUUUAAGCCACAGCUGUUUACAUCGCCUGAGGUGCCGUCCUGCUUAUGGCCACAGCGUGAACUCUCACAUGUGACAGUCCAUGUAUUCUAAUGUAGUGUGAAACACUGGUGCUGAACUGAUUUGGGCUAAAGAUAAGUCUACAAGUCGGUAUCUCAAACUGCUUGUCUUCGUACAGAUCUACAAAAAUACUCUUUGUGGCUUCUGUGUUGUGCUUGCUUCUGAGUAAAAUAUAAAAUUCCUCUGCAUCAGAUUGAAAGCCUAUCUGCCUACCAGGAAAGUAUUAAAUGAGGGAAAAAAAUACAGUUCUUGUUCUGUAACUUUUAAUAGCAACUUCAGCCGCUUCAGCUACAAGGUGAUAAAGCAUCUCUCUAGCAAAGACGGUGUUGCUGCGGGACCGUACUCGGGCAAGGCCGGGCUCUACGCACAAAACCCUGGGGACGGGAUGGGUUGUGAGCACUACGGCAGCGCUGCGUGUGCCAUCUGGUGGGGUGCUGAGCAUUUAGACCCUGAAAGCGCUUCAUGAGAGCUUGUGUUUCCUAUUGAGUGCGAACUGGCGAAGGCUUACUUGGCAUUCACAAAACAUGGACUAUUUCGUCCUUCACUACGCACCUCCUCCACGAAGGAGUUGUGGAUUUCCUGAGUUUUGACAGAGAAUCUAUUAAACAAAUGGGAAAGUGCAGUUUUUAGAUCACAGUCAUCUGGUUUGAAAACUGCAGAUGAACUUUGCUAAAAGGACAUUUCCUAUCAUUGUCUAAGUUUCACAACGGCAUGUCUCCUACUGCACCAGGUGGCGCAGGCGCGGGGAGGUAUGGCUUCCAGGUACAGGCCAUGGGAGUCCCAGCUGGAGUUGCUGUUCCACCCAUCCAGAACCAGCCGGUCGUGAAGGAGGAGACAAUCUGGAUGCCUGUCCCUCCCUCUCUUCCCAGCUGCCCUUCUGGACUGGAAUACCUCACACAGAUUGACCAGAUAUUAAUUCAUCAGCAAAUUGAACUUCUUGAGAUUUUGACUGGCUUUGAAACAAACAACAAAUAUGAAAUCAAGAAUACACUGGGGCAAAGGGUGUACUUUGCAGCAGAGGACACUGACUGCUGUACCAGGAAUUGCUGUGGGCCAUCACGGCCCUUCACCCUCCGGAUUAUAGACAACUUGGGCCAUGAGGUGAUAACCCUGCAGAGACCCCUCCGGUGUUCUUCGUGCUGCUUUCCCUGCUGCUUACAGGAGCUGGAAGUUCAGGCGCCUCCAGGAACACCAGUUGGUUACGUUGUCCAGAACUGGCACGCCUGCCUGCCAAAGUUUACCAUUCAAGAUGAGAGAAGAAUGGAUAUACUGAGAAUUAUUGGCCCAUGUGUUGUCUGCAGCUGUUGCGAGGACAUUAAUUUUGAGGUGAAGUCUGUGGAUGAGACUUGUACUGUUGGGAGGAUUUCUAAGCAGUGGACUGGGUUUUUGAAAGAAGCCUUUACAGAUGCAGAUAACUUUGGAAUCACAUUCCCAAUGGACCUUGAUGUAAAAAUGAAAGCUGUCAUGAUCGGUGCUUGCUUCCUUAUCGACUUCAUGUUUUUUGAGCAUUCUGGUGAUAACCAACAGCGAACAGGAGUUUGGCAAUGAAAUCUGUAACUUUUAUAUAAAAGGAAGAAGAACAUAAACCUCCCAGCUUUCCAGUAGAUUGCAGAGCUCCAGUAAGAAUGCAAGCAUUGUAUGUCUUGUGCUUGUAGCUGUAUUUCUGUAAACUAAAAGCUUUAUGGUCUUUUUUUGGUAAUCUGAUGAAAUAAUUUGUAGUAUUCAAAUAAGAACCCUUUGUCUGUACAGAUUAAUCCUGUAAUAUAUAGAAAUAUAGAGCAACCCUUUUUUCCCAAGAAAUUUGGAAUUGUAAAAUAACUUCUUAUAGUUACUUUAAUUCCUAGAAAAGAGGACCGCUUCUAUAUUCGGUAUUAACAUAAGCAAGUGAGCGUAAUAAAGAUGUCCUGUGUAUCAUUUGGUAGUUUUGCCUUGGUGUUCACAUUCUGUUGUUUCCAACUUCUUACCAAGUAUAUACAUUCAAAACAAAGUAAUCUAAGUGAACAGAACUAUCAGAAGUCAACGUAAAAUUGUAUUAAUCUUGUGAUAAAUCUGCUGUCAAAUAUGACUUCUUUAGUGUAACUUAGUUUCAUAAUGUGGGUUGUUUUGAAACUUAAGGCUUUGAUUUUCACCAGCAGAAGUUUAGAGGAGACAGGAAACAUAAACGCCUGUGGUUGCUUCUGUUUAGUAAUCCUUUAGUAAUUGCUGUGUGCAUGAGCGUGUUUUUUCCCAAGGCAAGGAAAAAGUAGUUUGUUACUUUUCAGUUUCUCCAGUCCUCUUUCCUCUUCAUUUAGUCCAUGGUUUUCACAGACUGUAAGUCUGUCUGGAGGUGUGAGGGCACAGGAAUAAUAAACAGAACAAUUCCACUUCAAAA